AUGCGCUUCCAAUUCAACAUUCAGCUGCCGCUCUUUCUCAUAGCCGUGGCCUCUUUGGGCGGCUUGGUAGCAAGCUCGCCGAUAUUCUGUCCAGAGUCCAAACGAGAUGCUAUCCUCAAAGGAGAGCUCCCGAAAGAGGCUUGUUGCAGUUACGGACGCUGUCUGGGGGAUGUGGUGAUCGCCAUGGUCUGA